ACUUUACGGCGGAAAAAGUGAAAUUUUCGGCAGUUUCUCGAAAAAUAUUUUUCAAUUCAAGCAAGAUGCCAGACGAUGUGUGCGACGAAACAUUGAAAAUUGGAGUGGUUGUUGGGAAAAAGUACCGAGUUAUCCAACAGCUGGGUCAAGGCGGCUGUGGAUCUGUGUACAAGGUGGAGGACAUCGAAGACAAGACAAAGCAGUACGCGAUGAAAGUCGAGUUCAACUCGAAUGCCAACGCUGGAAAUGUUUUGAAAAUGGAGGUUCAGAUCCUCACCCAUCUUGUGUCUAAGAACCACGUGGCAAAAUGCAUGGCAAGCGGAAAAAAGGAUCGAUACUCGUACGUGGUGAUGACCCUUCUCGGCGAAAGCCUUGAAUCACUUAUGAAGAAACACGGACCAUUUUUCAACGUGUCUACCCAAAUGCGCAUCGGGAUUUGCCUUUUGUUCGGCAUCAAGCAGAUUCAUGAUAUUGGGUUUAUCCACCGUGACUUGAAGCCUGCCAACGUGGCAUUGGGAAAUAAAGGCUCCCCUGACGAACGCUACUUCAUCGUGCUGGACUUUGGCUUGGCACGCCAGUACAUCACGGAUAAGGAGGACGGAAAAAAGAUGCGUCGCCCACGUGAGAAGGCUCUCUUCCGUGGCACCUCCCGUUAUUGCUCGGUAGCUAUGCACGAUCGUUUCGAGCAGGGGAGAGUCGAUGACCUGUGGGCUUUGAUCUACAUGCUCGCGGAGUUGAGAUGCCAGCUGGCUUGGUCUGAUUUGGAUGAUAAGGUCGAAAUCGGGGAAAUGAAGCGACACGUCGCCGACCAGAAUCUCUUUGCAAAAAGCCCAAUUCAAAUGCUGGAGUUUGUCAAGAUCGUUCGGGCCACGCAAUUCUAUCACCGCCCCGACUACGAAAAGCUUUUCAAUCUCUUGAAUGAUGCCAUGAAAAGCGCGAAGUACAAGUGGUCCGACCCAUAUCAUUGGGAGCCCGAAAAGAGAAAGAAGAAGCCAAGUGUUCCAGCAGUUGGAAAUGUCCCCAGAAAAGGCGUCACACCACCAUCAAAUGAGGAAGUUGAUUUUUUCACCGUCGAUGACUUCAACACAAACCCGCUCGGAUUCUAGAACUUCAAGAUCUUAUGAAUAAAUUUUUAGAUGUUUAACAG